UCAUCGAUAAGUUUGACUACGUCUUCGCAGAGAAUGGCACGGUGCAAUACAAGAAUGGGCAACUGGUCUCCAAGCAGGCCAUUCAGGACCACUUGGGGGAAGAGCUGCUGCAAGAUCUAAUCAACUUCUGUCUCAACUACAUGGCGCUGCUGAAGCUGCCCAAGAAACGAGGAACGUUCAUUGAGUUUCGCAAUGGGAUGCUGAACAUCUCCCCCAUUGGACGGAGCUGCACACCAGAGGAGCGAAUCGAGUUCUCCGAGCUGGACAAGAAAGAGCGGAUCCGGGAGAAGUUUGUGGCAGCCUUGCAGAGGGAGUUUGCUGGCAAAGGUCUGCGUUUCUCUCGAG